AUGGCCCCGAAAUCACCGACUCCGUCCAUUUCGCAUCUCAUCUCGUCUUAUCCGAUCUUGUCCAUCCUCGCGGAAUAUGUUUCAGCCUUGGACCUUCUUCACAUAGCUCAGACGAACCGUAACCACCACGCCCACAUCCUUGGUUCCCGUACAAUAUUCCAGAAGCUGAAAAGCCUCUGUCUCUGCGAUGGCCGCGGCUUAGUGCAACGCCAAAACUUUAGCGGACGCUACUGUCCCAACUACUGGACUCUUCUCUGCGGCCUCCCUCCCAUGGUUGUCGGGGACGAGGAAAUCGAAGUCAAGCUGUACAACAUCAAAUGCGACGAGGCUGGAGCUCUGCCCUGCCGGAGAUGUGGAAUCAACGUCUGUGAGGAGUGCAGGUACUAUGAUCGGCUUCUGUCCGUGGAGGAAAGCUAUGUCGAGCCGCGCUACAACUGGCGCCCUCUCAACAUCAUGUGUCUUUGCCGCGAUUGUGACUUCCAGCUCGAAGAUGAUAAUCGGAAGCUACAACUCAGCGACACAUGCGAUUGCAAUCUAUACGCGCAGAGAAAAGAGACCACAGCGUAUUACGACACGCGAACUCAGGAAGCGUCGGGCCAGAACAAUGUGCUCAACCAACCAGAGGAAUGGGGUCCCGAUGAAGCCUCGGAGACCAAGCAACUCGAGAUAUAUGGCAAAUGGCGCAAUUUCUAUUGCCCUUGCGGUGCUGGCGUUGCGCAAGAGACCGUCCCAAGAUGCACUUGGUGCAAGCGCCGUGUCAAGAGCCAGGACGAAUGGUUAGAUGAAAGAAACCAGCUUGCCCGACUUGAUAAACCGGGAGGUUCGUUCUAUAACCCGGACCACCCACCCUUCGUCAUGGAUACCAGCUAUAACUAUCCUACUCCAUAUCCGAGGCUGGGGUACAUUCGGCCUGGGGACGACGUCUCGUGA